AUGGUGUCCGAACACAGCAUCCUCGAGCAAGCUCCUUCGAUCUUGAACCAUGCACAUGCACAGCCUUCGACACAGAGCAACCCAGAUGAGCAUACUAAAGCGGCAUCACAAGGGCUCAUGGAAGCAGUCAAACUCAAACCUCGUCACGGACGCACUCCUUCCGAUUCGAGCGCCAGCCAGCAGUCUUCUAGCUUCGACGAGGAGCGUCCGUCUCAAGACGAGGAUGAUCUCGACAACACACCCGCCACCUCCUACGGCGGCUUUCUGUCUUCUCGCAGCGACGCCUCGGCAGGACCCAAGUCGGACUGCAGUCAUCUCUCCAACGUCGUCCUUAUCAACAGCGGUCUCUCUGUCUCAUCCGAGGAUCCAAGCAGGAUGGAUGAACUCACACAAGAGGUCGAAGCGCUCUUUGAAAAGUUCCUCCCCGACUUUCAGGCGCAGCAAGACGACAGCAGCAGUGAGGAAGCACAGCUACAGAACCCGCCAACCUUGCUCAGCCGAAACCUGCCAGCCAUCUUGUCGGAGUUCGAGAGACAGAGAGACCACCCUUUGAUCGAUCCAAAAGUUUACAGCCAGCUCGAGGUAUUCGCAGACGAGAAUCCGGAAGUGCCCAUCUCCUCCAACAUGCUUGUCAAUCUCAUCCACGCACUCGAGUCGAGCGCACACUCUGCCAUCUCGGAUGACCUGGACCUCCACACUUCGCCGGUCAUGGACAGGCAGGCUUCGCAUAGCACCGGAAAUGACUCGACUCCGAUUGCUGCAUCGGAAGAACUCUUAGACUUGAGCCACGACGAACACCUCAUUCGGGACUCAGACAACAGUCGCGACUCUUCCAGGGAGCUCAGCGCCGAGGCAACUGCUAUCCUCAAUCUUAAAGAGGAUCUGCGGAUAGAGCGAGACAAGAACGAUGCGCUUCAGCAGACGCUGUCCGACAAGGAGAGGCGCGUCCAUACGUUGGAGCACAAGCUCACCACUUCGCAAGAGCAAUACGAAGAGCUCAUGCUCGAGGAGCAGGCCAAGCUCGAAGAUCUUUACAAGCAGAUUCAGACGCUCCGCCGCGAGGACAAGGAGCUGCGCACCAAGCACUUCGAGCUGCAAGAACAGAACAAUGCUUACGAAUCGCAACUGACAGCUCUCAAUGCUCAAAUUGAAGGCGCCGAGAAGACGACUGUCAAGCUGCGCAGGGAUCUCGAGGAGGAGUCCAGUCAACUUAUCAAGGCCAAGGCGGAUCUAGACCGUCGCGUCAAGGAAGCCAAAGAGCUUUCCGGGUAUCUCAUCGAAUGCGAGCAGGUAAAGGAUGCCGCCGAACAGACUUCAGGUCAGCUUCGCCAGGAACUCGAGAAGGUCAGAGCGGAAGCUGGCAAGCUUCAAGGCUACAAGGAGGAGACAGAAGAGCUACGCACCACAGUCGACAAGCUCGAGAUGGAGCUCGAUGAGGUUCGACGGAUGACGAGCAUGCAUAGUAAGGAGUCUUCUGCGCAGCCACACAGCAAUCCCUCCACUAUCACCAGACGUCUUGGCAAUGAGCUCGCACGAAGCAUGGAGCUUGAUGGACACAGCUCGGGAGAGGAGACACAAGUGGAUGGCAAAGAUGCCGACACCAGUAACGUCGACGACUAUAUCGAAACCGUCAUUCAGCGGCGACGAAGACGCGUAGGCAAGACUCGCAGGUCCGUUGAGAUGGUCACCCAGUCGAUACAGACCGACUCCACUGAAGAGCCACUGAUCGGGAUGAUUGUUGAGGAACUUCCGGCAAAAAUGCCCACAGCUACACACGCGAAAACCAACUUGAUGCCGCUGCACACUGUCUUUUCAUCCUUCUCUGCAGCUCUUAGUACGAGGAAGACAUCCAUCGUGGUGUUACUCUUCGCCAUCGGUCUAGCGCUCGGUCUGAUGCUCAACACGUCACGCGACAUCUAUCACAUCAGCCACCAGUCGCUCGAUGCAGACGAGUUCCGAAAACUCAAUCACCUCCCCGGCACGAGCCAGACCUUCUACUACGACGGUCGAUAUCCGAACGCAGUUGUUGGCAGCAACUUCCUUGACGACUACAUAGGACCAGUGCUGGACACUAUGCUGUCACUGAUUGGUGGCGGCACCUCAUCAAGGCCACAACAGUCCAGCGUCGUGUACUAG